AUGUUGGCGCCGACACUGCUCGUGCUCUUCUCUGCAGUCCAAUCGGAGACUGUCCAUGAGAAAGCGUGGGAACACUUUGGGCUCUUGAACGAGCUCCGAGCGGAGGGCUUCACCUGCCCGAAUGGUGCUUCCUACGACCCGAACCCCGUGCCCUUGCGCUUCGACUGCAGACUCUGGAGGGCGGCGCGGCUGCAUUCUGAGGACAUGGCCACGCAGGGCUACUUCUCGCAUACCUCCCUGGACGGUCGUAGUCCUUGGGACCGUGCCGAAGAGCAAGGCAUCAGCGCCAACGGGGAGAACAUCGCGGCGGGUCGAUCGACGGCGUCCGGCACGUUGCAGCAAUGGAAGGACUCAGAUGGACAUUGCAGAAAUAUGAUGAAUCCGAAUUUUCAUGUUUUUGCGAUUGGUUAUGCCUAUGAGUCCUCUGCAAGAUACAGGUACUACUGGACUCAGAUGUUUAAGAGUAGAGAUGUUUCAGACCUCGAUACUUCUUGCUAUUCGACCACCUCAAGCACCUCUGUCUCAAGCACAAACACUGAAACGCUCACAGAGACAACUGCCAGCAGCACGGAAACGAGCACCGAAAGCACCACUACCACGGUGACCACAGAGAGCUCCACGACUCCGACUGCGACUGGAACAACCACCGGUACUUCCACUGGUACAGUGACAGAGACAGCGACUGGGACAGCCACUGGCACUGCAACAGGGACUCAGACCGGGACAGCGACUGGAACGACCACCACAGCAGCGACAGCUUCGGGGACGUCCACCACGCGUGCGACGACGACGUCGUCCGGAAGCGGAAGCGGGACUUCGACGAGUCGAUCAACAACAACGAGUCGAUCAAGUACUCUUUCUGGCACCCAGACUGGCAGCUUUCGAAGCGCUGGCACCAGUGUGACCUCGACCACUGCCAGCACCAGUGGUGCCACGAAUGAAUCGACCUCGUCGCUGGUCGAAGGUGAAGGCGAAGGCGAAAAAAGCACCACGUCUGUUGCCUCGAGGAUCGAAGGUAAGCUGAUUUUGGAAGUCUCAGACCCACAGCGCUUUCUUGAGGCAUCAGAUGAGCUGCGAGGACCCUUGAAGUCCUUCUUGGCCGAGUUCCUGGAAGUCGACGUGAGUCGCAUUUCCAUCCACUCGGUGCGUGAGUCCUUGCGGCGUCGUUUGGCCUCCUUGCGACGGCUGCUGGGCACCAACCUGGAUGUGGACUACUCUGUGCGAGUGGAGACUCCGGAAGAGCUCACGACAGUGGUCACACACAUGGCUUCAACAGAGCCAAGCCGAGUGAAGGAAAUGCUACAGGAGAAUUUGCAAGAUGAUCUGGUUGAGAUGAACAUGUCCGUGGAAGUGGUGGAUAUGCAAGUGACGCAGACUCCACAGCUGUCAAUGGAUAGUCAGAACCUCAACCAGAAUGCCGCAGAACCCCUGGAUCCGAUUUGGCUUUUCUUUGUGAUUGGAGGUUCAGUUAUAGCUUGUGCUCUUUGCCUCUGCGGGUGCCUGGCCAUGGCUUGUCUCAAGCGAGCAACGCCUUCACUGGACCAGAAGCGAGAUCGGAGCAGUUUGCCAACAAUUCAUGGCCACUUGAAUAGCCAGGGCCUUCAAAAGUGUGCCAGCAAUGUGACGAUGGCCUCUGGCAAGAGUGGACCCUGUGUCGUCUCUCGUUUGUAG